UUUCAAAGUAAAGCGUCCAAAGCACCAUAGCAACCACUGACAGCUGUUAAAGGAAAUGCCAAGAACUAAAGAUGAAGAAAAACUUGAGGGUUUCACCGUUAAAGCCCUCAACAAGAACUCCGUGGGUGAAGGCCCUCCAACCGCAGGGCUGUUUCAACAACGGCCGAUCAAACCCACCACCUUCGAGAGGGACCUCGCUGCAGCCUGCAGAAUGGGGCGGGACUGACCUUUCCGUCUGUCUCAUACCUUAUAUGGAAAUGGAACUAUUGCAUCCCGGAAAUAAAGGGGGCGCUAUUUUUAUAAUCACUAAUAUAAAUACCUUAAAGACGCGGGUUUAAGAGGAAAAGAAUAAGACAGAAAUAACUUUGAGAGGUUGUUGCAAGAAGGUUGUUGUUCGGCACAAAACCAACAAUGCAAAACUCACAGAGUAAACAAAAGAAUUCCAUAUCUUCAGAUGUGGCCUACCCUGUAGUGACACAUCUCACUUUCAUUGCCCGUACUGUUUUACAACUAUUGACAGAAGGGACAGGUUUGUUAAUCAUUUGGUUAACCACACAAUAACUUCCCAUAAGGUGUCCGACUGUGCAUCAGCCCAGGUGCCUAUCCAACCAGUAGCUACCAACAUCCAGGCAACACAGGCGCCUGUCCAACCAGCAGCUACCAACAUCCAUGCAACACAGGCACCUGUCUGCUCAGAAAACAUGGUUACAUGUGAAAUGUGCAACCUGCGCCUGAGAAAAAAGAAUCUUCGUAUCCAUUUGAAAAGAAAACACCAGGAAAAUGUGGAGCUGAUUUCACAAAAUCAUCAUUUAAGGAGUCAGUGUGUGGAUGCAAAAAAAGGUAUUUUUGCUGUAGAGAAAUCCUUUUAUGGUCCAUCAAGACCUAUACAUGUAAUAAAAAACACCUGGUCACAAUGUCACAGAUCGGAAUGUGAGCUUGACAGGUGUAAUGUGAUUGCACAGUUUGCAAAGAGAAGUGGGAUUUUGCCUUUUGAGUGUGAACACAUUCAAUCAUUACGCUUUUGUCCACGCGCCACAGAGGCAGAAGGACCUUUGUCUGAAACUACCCUCAACAUCCUGGUUGACAACUUAUGGUUCAGUCUUCAAAGAAAAGAACUUUUAAAAAAUCAGCAGGAGGCACUAUCAAAUAAUACGCCGUUUUCAGUUCUUCUUUUUGGCAGUGGGACAGACACAAUUUUUCACGUGUCUGUCUUAGAACCUAGAAUGGCGUUUUUCAGCAGACUUGGAAGGGUGAUUGUCACUUAUGACAAAAGAAAAAAUACCUGGCAUUGUGCAUGUACAGAGGGAAAAAGGUCCUGUACGCACAAGGCAACGGCAAAGUGGCAUCUCUUUGAAAAAAUGCCAGACAUGUUCGAAGCGGCAGUAAAUUUAGAGAAGGAUGUUAUGUGUGGGACAACAGCAUCAGGAUGUCAGGAGGAAAGUCGUUCCAUCACUGAUAAAACAGCAGAGAGGAUAAUCAAGUACUUGAUUUACCAGAAGAAAAUACCUGCUGAUCUUCCUGACUGUCUUAUCACCAGCAGUAGAGAUGCCAAAACUCUCAAUGGCUUCCCCAAACAUCUGAUCCCUUCAGAGACUGAAUGCACAGAAUGUGGACAGCACGUCAGACUUGGUGACCCUCAGCUGCUAUCUUCCACUGCUACAAUAUUGACUAUGACAGGAGUAGUUAAAGGUAUAUCAACAUACAGGAAGACUUGCCCCAACUGUUCCAUGGUUUACUGAUAUCAAGACUGGGAAGAUGGUAUCCACAACUUCAACGAUCACUUGCUGCUAUCCAUCCAUUUGUGUCUGGUACUGAGGAAUGCUUUGCAGUGUUGGGAUCCAGAGGCUUGCCCACCAGAGGGCGCCGAGGAUCCUCUCCUGACUGUCUGUUCACCAGUUUGGAUCUGGAGAUCUACCACCUGUCUCCAGCAGAGAGCGCUGUGGGUCUCCUGGGCUGGAGCCCUCAGCACACCUGAGGAUCAUCAGCCCAUCAGGAGACCUUCUACAUAAGCAGCAGUCAGACCUUCC